AAUUACCUAAUAUAAGUAUAUUUAUCAGUUCUUAUUAACCCUGCGCCUCAUCUCCUCCUUAAUGAUGGAACGUUGAUCUCUCUGAUCUCUCCACCCAUAGCAGUCGAUCCUUGUAUUCUCUUCAUCCAAAAGUUUUCUAUUCAACCCUGUUGUUGAAUCCCAUCUCUUCCUUGUAUCACCAUAUCCUGCCUGAUUUCAAGUAAAAGCUUGCCGGGAGACGUUACCAAGGUGCCACACUUAUUUGAGUUCAGCGGUUAACUGAUACUAAGGGUAAGGCCAAGGCCUAGGAAGAUGAUGAGAGAGUGGAACGCGUGCCAAGAUGAGUUAACGGGAACGACCAUGGCGGCUUUUAGCUAGAUAUUAUUUUGUCUCAGUAAUUUAGUCUUAUAAUAAAGAGAUUAUUAUUAUUUUAUUUUAUUUUAGAAUUUGAUGUUUGAAUAAAUUCCUGGAUCCAGGUGGUUAUCACAUUCUCUGGUGAUAACUAGAUUUUAUUAAGUUUUUAUUUGGAGUUAUUUUAGUUAUGUUUGAGUUUUUAUCAGGGUUAUUUCUUAAACAAACGGCCGUUAUAUUACAGUUAAUUUUUAAAAGUAGUAUGCUAGUGUAACGUUUCCUUUAACCCUGAGAGGGGCGUUACAAUAAAUCCCUAGUCACUCUUUCUAGCAUAGUCGAGCUAGACAUAACAUCCCGAGGUGCAUCUCCUAUAGAUGUUGACCAAGGACGGAAUGGAAGUCCUGAUGAUGCUACCACGAGUACAUCUUCCUACUCAGGCCAUCAGCUAGAACCUAGUUCGAAACUGAUGUCAACGGGCAAUCCUGAGGAUCCCGGUGUUUCACCCGACGUAUCAUCACCUCCGCAACAAGAACAAACUCCGUCCAGUCCCUCGGACAAACUUGAAGAAAUCCUAGUAUAUGACAAGUGGACUCGUAAGUGGACUGAAUGGGAUGAUCUGAGAAUGGAAACAGAACAAGAUGACAUGCAACGGGAUUGGAUGCUUAUGGAGCUUCUUAGAAGAUGUGCUGAAGAGAUGAUUGGGCUCGACAAAGACGAGAUAAGAGAAGGAGAAAAAUACAAGGAGCCUGAAUCUGUCAUUAAGCAAAAGACUACUCUGAAACCUCUGGACAGUGUUAGGAUCAAGACUCCCUUUCUGGAAGAAAUCAGAGAGCGAAUUUGGCGCACACCUGAGAAGAUCAAGACCUACAGAGAACUCAGGAUGUGUGGCAUCAAUCACCUCAAAGGAAGAGACAGAGGUGGAAACUUGUACAUGCUGGGACACAGAUCCACGGGAGAACGACGACAAAUUUUGAAUCAUAAUCUUGCAACAAGCGGAUGUCCAGUACAAACAAUCCUGAAAGUAACAGAAGAAUACUUGGAGAAAAUCAAAUUCUUGGUCUUUCAUCUACAAAGAACUGAUGGAUCAACAUUCACCUUUCAAGAAAAUGAUUUCUUUCUGCUACAUAUGGACAACGUCUAUCAAAUGUUUAUGAGAUGCAGAGAGCUACCAGUCCAUAAAGAUAGACUUGCAAAGGAACGUUUUGAAGCCAUAAAAAGGUUCAUGGUGAGACAAAUUCGAUAUCAUGGAGGUCAUGAUCUUCAGAUGGGCCUGGAAAGGAAUUAUCCCAAAGUGAACCUUACAAAGCCAGACCUUGAUAGACCAGGGAUAGAAGACUUCCCAGAAGAUCACAUCUUUGACAAUCCAGUCUCGGUCAUCUACCUGAAUCAUGAAGGAAAGAAGCGGCUUUUGUUUGUCAAAGAAAUAAACAAAUAUUGCGAUGGAACACUGAAGAUCAUCAGAAAUAGGCUGAAAUAAAAAAGGGAAGAACUUGUCAAGAAGUCAACAGAAGCUACAAAGGAUGAACUCAAGGAGCUGGAAAGAACAGAAGAUAUCCUAAAGGCCAUCAAGACACAACUUGAAAACAGAAAUUCACUCAGGAGCUAUGAGCAUGCACUUAAUCUCAGAAAGAACUAUUACAAAGCUCAGAAGUGAAGAAACCCAGCAAGACGACACUUGACCACAAAGGGGGAAAUUGUUAGAACUUAUAUUGUGGGUCAAGUUUGUCUGUAAUGUCUUGUUUAAUAAAAUAGACUAGUUAUACCAUUUAUGGUAUUAGAUUAGUAAUUAUUAUGUAAUAAAUAAGUUAAAGGGAAUAAGGCCCAAAAAGGCCUUGGCCCAACUUCCAAGGUUUACCUAAAUCGGUAACCUGUACAGCGCCUAUAAAUAUGCGCCUUGUGUACAGGUACCGAUAUCGAUCAAUAUACCUUAGCCUUACGCUGCCAAAUUUC